UAGUCUUUUAUAAGUCUGAAACUUUGCCGCUUUAUAGCAUCAUCCUUCUUGGAGUUGCUUGUAGCUGUGGAAGAAGCGGCAUGGCCAGAGAAGGAAGGGGAGGAGGACGAGGAGGAGGAGGAGGUGGUUGUGGUGGUGCCGGGUUGCUGUUUGGAACCCAAUGACUGCAGCAUAAUUAAAGAUGGCGGACUCGGAGGAAUUUAGACUCAAGCGAUUAAUGCAUGAGCAACAGCAAUCCAGAGUCUUUGACCAGGUGAUGGGGUUGGGGGACUUUGCUGACUCCUCCCAAGGCUCCAACACCUCCUCUAAGAGCGGCGGUCUGGAGGGGACAAAGGCCGCCGAUGAAAUUUCAGGAUUAGAGGCGCCUCAUCAUCCAGACGAGGACAGCAGCAACAGCAGCAGCAGGCAACAGGAAAAGAUUGGUGAGGGGGUGGAAGAGUCGUCAUCUCCUCGCAUUGCUUCCCCUGUCACUGACCAGCGCUCCUCAUUUACCAUGGGACCCAGUGAAGGAGGAGGAAGUGGCGAGGCAGCAUUUGAUGAUGCCUUGGAUGGCCUUCCUUCAUUUGGUCCUGAGGAAGAAGAGGAGGAGGAUGAGGACUGGCACUUUGCUCUGCCAGCGGAGACACUGCAGGAUGAUGACUGUGACAAAUCAAAAUGCAAAAGUAAUCAAUUGAGAGAGAAACAUAACAAAAUUCAAGAAGAUCGUUCUCCUCUGGAGCCCAGAGAGGAAGUCGAGGAGGAGCAAGAGAGGGAAGUGACUAGUUGCUCUGCCAACACUUCCCACUCAUCCAAGGACAACACACCUGAGAGCAGCCGAGAUGCAGGAACUCUGACUCGGAUGGAGCAAACAGAAGACAGUCGGCAAGGAGAGCGGUCCGAGGCUCCUCCCGUGGAGGACAGCAACCCUCCGAUUUCUCCCAAUAUCACCAUUAAAGAUGAGCCAAUUGAUGAGGGAUACAAUGCAGCUUUGCAGCCUCAGACCACCGUCAGACAAAUCAAAGAAGAACUAGACCAUCAGGAGGAAGAGCUUAGAAUUAGCUCUGUUUACUCUGUUGGCGGAGGGAACACACUUGUGCCCCCCGUGGGAAAUUCUACCAAGAUGGCGGCCGCUUCUCACAUUGCCCACCAAGUGGCAGCACCUGCUCCUCCACAAACAGCCAUUUUUAUUCCGGGUAGAGGUGCUGUUCUCCAAGCAGUGACCCCGCUUUCUGUCCGACCUCCAGCUGCAAUUCAGACUUCGCUUACGUCCUUGUCGCCACUACCCCUUCGACCCCCUGUGCCAACCAUUCCUGGUAGUGUUCGCUGCAGUGGCUGUUUUAAGGUUCUGCUCAAAGGUCAAACAGCAUUCCAAAGAAAAGGUUCCACUCAGCUCUUCUGCUCCACCGUUUGUCUGACAGGACAUCUGCCCCCAACAACCAAGAACCAAUUAUGUUCCCUAUGCAACAGUGAGAUUCUUCGGGCUCGGGACACAAUCACAAUCCCAGCUGAUGACAACACCUACUUGCACUUUUGCGGCCAGCACUGUUUGUCAAUCUUUAGACACAGGACAAAAAAAAUCGAAAAGGCCCCUGAAAAAGUGGUUGAAAAGCGGCCAGAGAAGAAGAUUGAUAAGCCACCAGAGAAGCCCGCUGAGCGACUGGCAGAAAAUGUUGUUUGUAGUGUGUGCAGAAUCACCAACCGGAUCGAGCAUGAGGUCAGCCACCAAGGUCGUCUGCACAAACUCUGCAGUGAUGCUUGUUUUGUAACAUGGCGCAAGAUGCGACAGUUAGCCAUGAACUGCUGUGAAGGCUGUGGACUGUACUGUAGUAGUAGUUCGGACUCCUACCAUACACUCACUAUUGAAAAAUCAGAGCUCAACUUUUGUGGUCCAACAUGCAUUGGCACUUACAAACAGUCCUGCCGAAAGACGGUUGAGUGUGCCAGAUGUCAAAAGUCCGCAAUAGUAUCAGCCACCAUCAUGGAGCGAGACGACAAGGGAAAAGUUCAACUCUACUGUUCACCCGUUUGUGUGCAAAUGAGUCGACCACCGCUACACACACUAACCGGGGCUGCGUUCCCAUGCUGUCUGUGCAAGAACGUAGCUGUUCCUCAGUACCACCUAGCAAUGGUGGAUGGCACCAUCAGGAACUUUUGCUCCUUUGAUUGCGUUUCUACUUUCAGGAAAACAGGACAUGCUGGAUCAGAGCUGAACAAUGGAAAAUCUUCUCCAAGGGAUGCCUCGCGACUUGGGCCCUCCUCCAGAGCCAGCUCUGUCCCUCCCAUUCCUCAGGACUACCCAUCUUCAGCCCCCUAUCCCAGCCACCAUGGAAGUAACAGCUCAGUGCCCCCUUUGGUUCCUCCGUCGCUAGGCUUGACCUCAACUUCUGUGCCAGGGCAAGGCCAUCCCCGAACACCUACUGCCCUUUCUGUAAAACCAGCAGAGGGUGGACCCAACGAUGGCCCCAAAGUGACCUGCCAUCAGUGUACUAAGCAGUUCAUCACCAAGCCCCUGCUUUUUGGCCACAAAGAUCAGAUUUCUGUGUUUUGCUCCAUGGUAUGUUGCGACGUGUAUAAAACAGUAAACAAUAUCUUGGUAAUGUGUGAAGUUUGUAGGAAGGACAUGGUGCCAUUUGACACAAUCCAUUACAAUGGGAAAGACAUUUUCUUUUGCAGCAAACACUGUAAACAAAACUUCAAAAUUUGCAUUACGUCCCGGAACAAGGAUCCACCCUGCCGUCCCUGUAGCUAUUGCUAUAGCAUUAGCCAAAGAAUGUUGCAUAGUCACUAUGGAGGCAAGCUGGAAGAGUUCUGCAAACCCCUCUGCAUGUCCCAGUACACUGUACUCUAUUAUGGGAUGGGUCGAUGUGACAGUUGUAGGAAGCAGGGCUACUUAAAUGAGAAACUGCAGUACAUGGGUUCAGUGAGGAACUUCUGCAACCUGACCUGCUUACUCGGGUACUGUUCCCUGAAUUUUCAAUCCACCCAGCACACUCCCAGCAACGGAACUGGAGCAGAGCAACCUCAUGCUCCAGCCCAACCUCACCAUUUCUCAAAAACUAACCCUGUCAUUGCUGAUGUUGUGUCACUAGCAAAUGGCUCUGCAACUCAGCCCAGCGUGCCGUCGGAUGUUGCAAUGACUGGAGGACUUCCAAACUCGAGUGUAGAUGGCAAGAUUCUUGAUCAUGCCAGUACUCAAACGGACACCAUGCGGGGCCCCCCUUUGUACCGACGUCAAAUGAAGAACAAGUCCGUUCUUUGCCGGCCAUUCACAAUGGAUCAAGAGAGCUUAUGUCUACUUCUCGAGCCAUCAACAAAUUCUUCAGAUGAGAUCACAUCAAAUGACUCUGAAAAAGCUGUUAAAAAGAUGAAGACAGACCAGGAAACGGCUCCAUCCCCACCUUCAUCAAACUGCUCCACAGAAGAGGAACAAGUGAAGAUGCUAAUGGUGCCAAUUCCUGUACCAGUCUUUAUCCCAGUGCCUAUGAACAUGUACUCCCAGCACACGCCUGUUCCACUGGCAAUGCCUAUAACUGUUCCAGUACCGAUUGUUAUACCACCUCAGAGUAAAGAAGUGACAGAUGCAGCCAUCCAGUUGGAUCCUUGGAAAGAAGAGCCCGAGAAGCGGGAUAAUGUUGAGGAGCCCAUGGAACAGGAGGUCAUUCCCCUGGAUCCAGUGCCCGUUGUUGUUCCACCACAAAGAAAAGAUAUGAAAGAUGUAGCUGUCCAGUCAGAUCCUUUAGAACAAGUGACUGAAGAGCAGAAUCAGGCUAAGGUAGCAUCACAAAUCAAAGAUGUGAAAGAUGUCGCUGUCCAGUCAGAGCCCAUGGACACGCAGGUUCCCUUACCCAUUGUGCUGCCACAGAGUAAAGAUGUAAAAGAUGCGGCUGUCCAAUCGGAGCCUUUGAAUUUGGAAAAGCAAACUGAUUUGGCUGACUCCAAAGAAUAUCAAGUCACAUCCAAGGUUCUAACACCCAUUUGUAUGCCACCACUGAGCAAACAAGCACUAACCACUGCUGUCCGAUCAGAUGUUUUGGAACUGGAGACAGCUGCCACAGCCCAGUCGGACUCUUGUGAUGUGGAGACAGCGGCCACUGUCCAAUCUGAUCGUUUGGCUACACAGACUGCUGCACCGGUUCAAUCAGAUUCUUUGGAUGUGGAAACAGCUACCAUUGUCCAAACGGAUUGUUUGGCUACACAGACUGCUACACCGGUCCAAUCAGAUUCUUUGGAUGUGGAGACAGGUUCCACUGUGCAGUCGGACUCUUGUGAUGUGGAGACAGCUGCCACUGUCCAAUCAGAUCGUUUGGCUGCACAGACUGUUGCACCGGUCCAAUCGGAUUCUUUGGAUUUGGAGACGGGUGGCAAUGUCCAAUCAGAUUGUUUGGCUGCAGGAACUGCUUCACCGGUCCAGUCAGAUUCUUUGGAUAUGGAGACAGCUGCCCCUGUACGAUCAGAUCGUUUGGCUGUAGAAAUUGCUGUACCUGCCCAAUCAGAUUCUUUGGAUAUGAAGACACCUGCCACUGUCCAAUCAGAUCUUUGGAAUGUGGAGACUGGAACAAAGAUGGAUUUGGAUGAUGCCAGCAAAGGCCAGCAUAAAAGCACAAUGUCAGAAGUGGCCCCUCCAACAAUCCACCAAGUUGAGGAGAGUCCUAACACAGCACAAACCAAAAUUCCUCCUCCAGUAACUUCACCAAGGAAAAAAGAGGCAAGUCGGACCCUACGUAGAAGUCAGGCAAAAGCUAAACCGACAACAAGCGAGAACCAAGACACGAUUAUUGCUGAACAACAGCCUCCCUCCUCUCCAAUGACUGAUCUGGAGUUUGACUUCCCAAUGGAUUUGUUGGAUUUGAAGCCAGCGACGCCUCAGCGAGGAGUGAAGAGGCCUCGAGAAGGUUUCUCUGGUCGAAAACGGGGUCGAAGGCGAACUGUCUCGAAAGAUCGCAGCGCUGUCGUGCCUCCAGUCAGCUUCAGUUUGAACUACAUGUAUGGCGUUAAAGCAUGGAAGAACUGGGUGCAGCUGCACAACACGCAUUCCAGAAGAUCCAAUCCAGUCAUCAUCAAAGAGGAGAUUCUUCAGUGUGAUUCUGCUGAGCUGAGCUAUGCUCUGUCUUGCUUCAUCAAAGAAGUGCGCCGGCCGAACGGCGAGGCUUACAGCCCUGACAGCAUUUUCUACCUCUGCCUGGGGAUACAGCAGUAUAUCUUCAUGAAGGGCCGUAUAGAGAAUAUUUUCACGGAUGAGCUUUACAGUCAGUUUGCAAUGGAGAUCUCUGGGAUGCUGCGACUCUGGAAACCUAAACAGCUGCCCAAUGGUAGCCCCGUGUCCUCUCGGGUUGAGGAGUCCUUCCUUUGGGAGUGUAAGCAGCUGGGCGCUUACUCCCCCAUCGUGUUGCUCAACACGCUUCUUUUCUUCUACACCAAGAACUUCCACUUCACCACCUUGACGCAGCACCAAAGCCUCUCUUUUGCCAACUUCAGUUUGCACACAAAACCCUGCAGUCGAGCGGGCAAAGUCCUCUACCUCAAAUACCAGCGAAGCAGUACUGCUACUUCCAGCCGUGGAGAGACGGAGCGAAUGAAAAAAAGGCAGGAAAAGGAGGAGGGUGACAUGGAGAUAGCGGAAAAUGUUACCAACCCUCUGCACUGUCCUGUCAGACUCUAUGAGUUCUAUCUCUCGAGAUGCCCGCCAACAGCAUUGAAGAGGAGUGACAUGUUUUACCUCCAGCCUGAACGCAAUGUCCACACACACAGUUCCUACUGGUAUACCUGUCACACCCUACAUCAUACAAUUCUGCAGAGCAUGCUCACUCGCAUCUUGGCGGUUAAAGAAGUUCAACGGUAACAGGAGGCAGCCUCCUCUGAGUUGCAGUUUACAGUGACAAGCCCUUUUGGAACGGGAAAGCGUUCCCAAGCGAAGAAUGAUCACGUGGACACAUGCCAGCUCUUGGCUGGAUGUGAAGAAGCAGACCGCCAUGCCGUCGAAAGACACACAAUGGAGAUUUGUCACCAAGACGAUGAUUGGACUCUUUGUUGAGCUUACCUGAUUGGAUGCCUGCCUCCCUCUCUGUUCGACACUCCUCCAGGCUGCAGGCAUCUGCUACUGUUUCAAAUGGAGGGAAAAAAAAAAG